AAUGCCUCAGCCCUGAUAACUUCAAUCGUGUGGAGUUUAUAUGAGAAGAAUCAAAAUAUUUAUAUUAUUUACGGAAAUAGAUGACUCGGGUGCUUUGUUGAAUUAGAUGUAUUGUAGUAGUCUGUAAGAACUUUGUAAUGAAGGAGUAAAAUAAACGUACUGACUUCGUACUGGUAUAUAUUUUAUGUCCAACGUAAUUUUAUACGUACCACAUAUUUCAAAAAUGAAUUUUAUUAAGUGGGUUACCGCCAGUACAUUUCAAAUUGUAUCAUGUCUUUUUCUGUUAUUAUAUUUCUUGGGAAUAUUAAACAUGAACUUCAGUGAUAAAAAUAAUUAUUGUGUCAUGACAUAUAUGUUUGAAUAUCCUCAAUUUGUGCGCAUAUCACUUGAUGAAAAUAAAAAUUUCCCUCAAUAUGGACUAUAUGCAUAUAGCGAAGGAAGGUUUACAGAAAAAGCGCGAAAGAUGUGGUUUGAUGGUAUACCAGUCCUUUUCUUACCUGGAAAUUCUGGGAGCCAUAUGCAAGCUCGAUCUUUAGCAUCUGUAGCAUUAAGAAAAGCGCUGUCCAAAGGAUAUGAAAAUCAUUUUGAUUACUUCACCAUUAGUUACAAUGAAGAGCUUUCCGGUCUAUAUGGAGGUGUACUACAGAGUCAAACUCAAUUUGCCGCAGCUUGUGUAUCAAAAAUACUCAGUUUAUAUAAAAAUCAUAAAUAUACUAAAUUAAUACCUUCUUCUGUAAUACUAAUUGGCCAUUCUAUGGGAGGGUUAAUUGCAAAGAGAUUAUUAACAUAUCCAAGUACUAUAAAUACAACAAAUAUUGCUAUAACAUUGGCUGCACCCUUGGAAGCACCUAUUGUAAAUUUUGACACUGCAAUGAAUGACUAUUACAAACUAAUAGAAUUGGAAUGGAAUGCAUAUGUGAAACCACAUAAAUAUGUAAGCGAGAAGAAGUUCCUUAUAAGCCUUGGAAGUGGUCCAAGGGAUCUGUUGGUGCCUGCUGGUUUGGCUUCAUCUAACAAUAGUUAUGUUAAUGCUGUGACCACAGCAAUUCCCGGAGUAUGGGUAUCUCCAGAUCACGUGAGCAUGGUGUGGUGCAAGCAGUUAGUGUUGACAAUAAACCGUUAUCUAUUUGAUAUCGUAGACCCAAGGACUGAUCAAAUCACUGAUAGCAGCGAACUUAUUAAAACGAAAUUACGCCAAUAUUUUCAGGCGAAUAGAUCAAUGACAUUGAAUACGAGAAUUUCGCGCGCAACCGUAAACAUGAAUGUUGAUGCUUUCUGGUACGAAGAUAAUAGGAGAGUGUAUCAGAUAUCGAGACCUGAGAUUGACAGAACAACAUAUUUGAUGAUACGACUAGUGACGUUACCACAAAAUCGAUACGUGGCAGUCGAAGCAGUGAACGUGGAUGAUAAAGAUUGGCUUUUCGGAUGCAACGCUAAGGAUGUUCAUAGCACGUAUAGGUAUUGUAAAACAGCGACAUCUCUAACUGAACUCAGUCGUUGGAGCGGCGCUGCAACCGACUUUGGUAGAAGAAAACUUGCAACAAUUAAUUUGCAUAAUGUACUUGAAGUACAUCCAGAAUGGACCCACGUGAUCGUCAAAGUAUCGCCUACUAGGAAACCGAUAACGCUAAACGUCGACAUAAAUGAUUACACAUCAAGACAGAUAAAUGUCAAUCUACCCUCAGUUUUAUCGUUCAGUAAACACGUGAUAAAAGAAGAAACAGAAGCUAAUGUUUUAUAUUAUGAGAUUAUAUUAAAGGACUUCAAUAUGAUACACCAAGCGUAUUUAUUGUAUGUAGAACCAACGGCUAGUUGUCAAGCGAGUCAAUACCAUGUGUCUGCGGAGGCUCAUGUUCCGUGGGCGAAGAAUCAUGAAUAUUAUCAUUAUUUCACCCAUUUAAAACGUUCACCAAUGAAAUUAAGGCUAUUCAAAAGCAAUCCGAAUAUUUCUUCUGAGUCUCCUACAUCGGAAGCUGUUAAAAUUACACUAUUGUUGGAUCCAAAGUGUACUUUCACAAUAAGCAUAUCAGCAUCAUGGUACUACAGAUUAGCGCAAUUGGCCCGUAACUACACGCCCGUACUAGUUCCCUAUGUAGCUGCUAUUAUACUAUUAGCAGCUAGAAGCAUUUUAUCCAACUUAAAGGAAAAGGGGUCUUGUAUUUCCAUACAUAGUGCGUUGAUGAGUGAAGGGGUAAAGCCAUAUUAUGCGCUGGUGUUCGCUAGAUUGGCUACUAUCGGAUUGAUGUCUGUGCCACUACUAUCAAUAAUUCUAGAGAACGCCAGUUGGAACAAUAUGGAGAUCCAGUACUUCACGCGAUCUCUCCUAGUGUUGCCAGCGUACAUGACAGCGCUCGGAAUAUUGAAUGUUGCCGCAGCUGCUACCGUGGCCGUUAUGGUAUUUUCAUCACAAUUGGCCCAUCGGUUGCUUUUUAAGAUAGUAUGGCGCGGUGGUAAUGGAUUGGCGGAAAAAAUGGCGUCAGGCUUACAAAAAGUGCCGCUAGUAGUAAGCGCAGCGUUAAUAUGCGCAGUGCCGUUGUCGUGCGGUGCGGCUGCGUUGGCUGCGGGCGCUGCGUUCUAUGCGUUUAUGCUGUCCAAAAUGUAUGAAGAAUAUCUCGAGGAUUAUGUUUACAAACUAAUGGCGAAAAUCGCAAGCAGGAUAUGUAGAAUCUUCAAAAAGAAACAAAAAGAUGAAGUCACAGAGAAAUCUACAGAGAAAAAAGAAGUUCAAUCUGAAACAGAAGAGAAACAAAAAGAAAUAGAUGAUGUUAAAAAAAGUUUACUUGAUAAAGAUGGUGACGUAAAUAAUGAUUCCUCAAUGGCAUUGGUUCAGAAAAUAGACGAAUGUAAAGAUAAUAAAAAUUCUAAAGAGGAAGUUAACAAAAAUUCUGACAUUAAUUCUGAUACAGAUGAUGAUCUCAAUAAUAUUAACUUCCACAUGAUGUUAUUUUUCCUUUGGAUGUGUGUGACUAUCGUGAAUAUACCAGCUUUGUUGACUUGGGCUAGGAAUUUUAAGUAUAGUAUGAUUUUAAAACCUGACACAUCUUACCAUACUGGUAUGAUUAUGUCAGCUUGUUCUGGCAUUAUUUGGCAGAUGGAUGGUCCUAGGAAAAACUUGAGGUACUAUGAUGCGGUCUGUUCCUUAUUAUUCACUAUGGCAGUAUUUAUUAUAGCUCUUGGACCAUUCUCAUUAAACAUUGUGAAUUAUGGAGUUGCUUUUAUGUUUGCUAUUAUCACCUUACAACAAUUAUGUGACCAUGAAGAAAGAGAUAAUGAAACUCGAGAGAAGAAAGAAAAAGAAGAAGAAAAAGAACUGAUUUCAGAAACAAAAGAAGUGGAUACUAAAGAAUCUGAAGCUGAGAUUACUAGUGAAAAUAAAAAUAAUAAAGAAAGCAGUACUUCUGAAGAAAAAUCUGAAAGUACUGCUGAAAAUGUAGGUGAUAAGGAAGCCGCGCCUGACAGUUGUGAUGUGUGCAGUGAAAAUAGAUUUUAUAGUAUGUUUACACGACUCAGAGAAAAACUCAGUUUUAGUAAUGAUUGAUAGGACUCACUUUAUCAGUUACCGGCCUGUACAUUUUUAAGGUAGCUAUGUAGUACUCCUGUGCUAUUUGUUUUUAUUGUUAAAAUAAGAAUUGGAGAGACCUUUGUCUUAAAGUAAAUAUUGAAUUAAAGUAAAAUGUUUUAUAGAACAGUAGGAGAUUAUUCAUCAAAGUAUACUUUUUGUUACUUGCAUUUGAAAAGAGAUCUUAUAUUUUUAUUUAAUGAUUAAGGAAUAUUUAGCAUAUUGAAUCAAAACCCUAUAUUAUGUUUAUUACUUAUAAUAAUAAAUGGACAUUGAGAUUUAAUGGAAAUUAUUAUGUUUCUCAAGAAAAUAAAAUAUUUUAUUACA